AAGCAAAAUUAAUUGCGUGACAGUAAAAAAGAUCUAUAGAAAUUUAUUCUUAUUCGUAAAAGUUUGCUAAAUAUAUUAUAAAAUAUGGGUUCGCGCAACGAAUGUCGCAUUUAUGUUGGAAAUUUGCCCCCAGAUAUACGCACUAAAGAUAUCCAGGAUCUUUUUCACAAAUUUGGCAAAGUUACAUUUGUCGACUUGAAAAAUCGGCGUGGUCCGCCAUUUGCAUUUGUCGAGUUCGAAGACGCGCGCGAUGCUGAUGACGCAGUAAAAGCACGCGAUGGUUAUGAUUACGACGGCUAUAGGCUGCGCGUAGAAUUCCCCCGCGGCGGAGGACCAGGUAGCUACCGUGGCAACCGCAAUGACCGCAGUCGUGAUGGUGGUCGUGGAGGCGGUGGCCGCGGUCCUCCAGCCAAACGCUCGCAGUACCGCGUUAUGGUAACUGGUUUGCCCGCAUCUGGUUCUUGGCAAGAUCUGAAAGAUCACAUGCGGGAGGCUGGCGAUGUCUGUUUUGCUGACACUUACAAAGAUGGCUCCGGUGUAGUAGAGUUCUUGCGCCACGAGGACAUGAAGUAUGCCAUCAAGAAAUUGGACGACUCACGUUUCCGUUCGCAUGAGGGCGAAGUUGCCUACAUACGCGUGCGUGAGGAUAGCGGUGACAAUGACCGCGGUGGUGGAAACCGUGAUUAUCGCGAUAGAUCGCGCUCUCGCUCGUUCUCGUCGCGCCCACGUCGCCGUGGCACACCCACCUAUUCGCCGGUGCGACGUCAAACCUAUUCCAGGUCUCGCUCACGCUCUAAUUAUUAAACACUACAAGCAUUACCCAUUAAUUUUAAUAUUUCUUACGAGCAGGUCGCGUUAGGAAAAGCAAGCUUAAUAACGAUUACUGUUUGUGCAGCCAAGCGCCAGCGCAUCACCCCGCAGUCGUAUCAAUCAAAUCGAAACAAAAAUCAAUGACAGCAAAUUUCAAGAACAGAAACGCAAACAAUCGAAAUUCAAUUAUCAACAACAACAGUAGUGCUUGCUUUUCCAACAUUGCUACGAACAUAGGGAGAGAUGCAGAAAGAUUCUUAUAAAUUAUAAUUUAAAGCACACCAAAUUAUUGACUCAAUACAUAUACCAACAACAAGGCCGCCUUGAUUCAAGGAACGUUUUUGUCCCUUAAACAUUCCUUGAUUAACUUUGCAUCAAAAAAUUGAGAACUGUAAACUAUUAACUGCAAACUGAAAAAUAAUUUAUUAGAAUUUAUCUAACAUCCAGUUUACCCAAACACAGAAUAAAUAUGUAUACUUACAACUUAAUAACAAAAAAAGAAACAAGAACAGACAAUUGAAAAGGAAAUAACAUCCGAUGUACAAAUUAUUAAUAUUAAAUUUUUUAUUUUCUUCUCUUCCCGCGUUUAUGUUUGGAGUCAUACACUCAUAAUCGCAUAAUAUUAAUGCAUAAUCGGAAUUUGGAGUAUGAGGAUGUAUGGAAAGGAGGAGGAUGAGGAUGGUGAGGAUGAGGAAAGGAGGAUUAUUUUGAUGGUGAUGGUGGAUGAGGAUUAUGUGAUGAUUUUGGAUAAUUUAAGGGAGGCAGGAUAAAAUGUAUUUAUAAAAUAUAGUAUUCGGGAUAAGGAUAAAA